AUGUUUCUUGACGAUAAACUGUUAAUAAUUUUCUUCGCUUUCGCGGGUUGGUCAAAAAAAACAUUUGUUUUUCUGAUCAAUAAAUUACAAUUUUUACAAAUCCCGCGCACUAUCCCAUCCAUCCUACCCUUUUCACUCCAAUAAAAUUAUUAUUUUUUCCAUCAUUUUUAUUGGAAACGUCGAAAUCUUCCACCCGGUCCAAUUCCUCUUCCCUUCAUCGGCAAUUUACUAUCAAUAUUUCUACCCUCACCAGGAUAUGUGGCAUUCAACAAGUGGACCAAAAAAUAUGGAGAUGUUUUUACGUUUUGGGUCACUGGGACGCCAUAUAUUUGCAUUAACUCGUAUGAAACUUUGAAAGAAACUUUUGUGAAAGAUGGUGAAACUUAUGCGGCGAAAAAACCGCAAGAAUUUCAAGAAAAGUUUCGUGGCGGAAUCUAUGGUGUGAUUGAGACAAAUGGUGCAUUUUGGCGAACUCAUCGACGAUUUGCGCUGUCGAGUUUGCGAGAUUUUGGAUUGGGUAAAGAUUUGAUGCAAGAAAAAAUCUUGAUUGAAGUUGAAGAUAUGUUCAAGAAUUUUGAUUCGAGUGUUAGAAGUGGCGAGGAAAUCGACAUUCCGUUAGGAUUCUACAAAGCUGUUGGAAAUGUUAUAAAUCAGGCAACGUUUGGCUAUCGCUUCGAAGGGGUAAGAAAAUUCGCAAAAUUCCUAAUUCACAUUUUUUUUCUAGGAAACUGAUAAAGAAUUUGAUCGCCUUAAAGAGCUUAUCGAUUUUCAAAACAAAUCAUUCAGCAAACCUCUGGUUAUAAUCCAAUUUUUCAUUCCAUUUCUUGGCAAACUUUUUCCAAGUCAAAGUAUUGAUAAAUUGUAAGUUCUUCUAACUCACCACAUUUUUGUUGAAAAAAUGAAACUAAUUUCAGGAUCAAGGUAUUCAGAACUGAUUUCUAUACUUUUUUCAAUGAGCAAAUCGAAAACCAUCGUUCAAAAAUUGACUUCGCUUCUGUGGAAAAUGGAGAUUAUUGCGAAGCAUAUUUAAAGGAACAGAAGAAACGAGAAGCUGAAGGAGAUUUCGAAACUUUUUCAAAUAUUCAACUCUCAAAUGUUUGUUUGGAUUUAUGGUUUGCUGGAUUGAUCACAACAACAACUACCAUUUCAUGGAUCCUCUCGUAUAUUUUGUAUAAUCCGAAAGCCGAAGAAAAGAUAUAUGAAGAACUAGACAGAGUUAUUGGAAGUGAUAGACUUAUCACAAUUUCGGAUAAAAAUGAUCUUCCCUAUAUGAAUGCUUUUAUCGCAGAAUCUCAAAGAUGCGCAAAUAUUAUUGCUGUAAACUUAUUACACGAAACCACAAGGGAUACAGUAAUCAAUGGCUGGCCGGUAAAAGCUGGAACUGGAGUGAUUGCUCAGAUUAGUACAGUUAUGAUGGAUGAAAAGAUAUUCCCUAAUGCUGAGAAGUUUGAGCCAGCAAGACAUAUUGAUAAAGAAACUGGGAAGUUCAAGAAACUCGAAGAGAUGAUUCCGUUUUCAAUUGGAAAGCGACAGUGUUUAGGAGAAGGAUUAGCAAGGAUGGAACUAUUUCUUUUUAUUUCAAAUUUCUUGAAUCGAUACAAAAUGAUAGUUGAAAAUCUUCCAGAAAUGGACAAAACUAAAGAAGCAGCUGUUGGACCAAGAAAAUUCGUGGGAUUUUUACACAGAAGACAUAAGUGUUAUUUAUUUUAA